AUGAAGGAAAGCCAACCUGCCAACGUUGUGGCCGGGAUGGCAUGCAGUGCGAUGGCUACGAGGUCGCCAAUCAACCUCAACCCAUGGCCAAGCGAAAGGCACCACCAUGUUCGGCUGGAGGGCGACGUCGACAGCAUCUGGCCAGGGGACAGCUUAUCCCAUUGCUUCCCCUCAUAACCACCCACAUCUUUAAGCUGAAGAUGGAGAAGUUGCUUUUCCAUCACGUCCAGGAGUGCACCGUAAAGGAUUUGGCAACAGCGUCAGGCUCCGAGAGUUUCUGGUAUAGCUAUGCCCUACCACUAGGUUACUCCGUCGACCCGAUCAAGCAUGCCCUAUGUGCCCUCGGCGCCGCGCAUAGGUCUUUCCUAUCGCGAGACUUCCAUCAUUCUCAUUCAUCGCUGCCUCAUGAGGACCCGGGGAAACUCGCCAUCCGGCACUACAAUGCCGCAAUCCUCCACAUCCAGGCCCUGAUGUCUACGCCAUCUGCAACCAAUAUUCAGAUAAUCCUUGUUUGCUGCAUCAUUUUCAUCUGUGUAGAGAGCAUCCAGGGACGCUACCCAGAGUCAUUACAACACUUACGAGCGGGCUGGCGACUUCUUGAAUCUUUUCCCCCGGUCCAAAAUACGCCCACACUUGUGUGGUUAGGAGAACAUAGACAGGACACCCAUUUCUUCAGAGAUGUUACUGGCAUGCUGUCGCGGCUAAACCAGGACUCCACUAUCUACACCGGCGAUGAUCUUGUUCCCAACCCUGGCUGUUUUUUGCUCUCGGCUGUCGAUAUAGGUGAUCCCCGCAUGCCGUUUUCCUCCUCCGUUGAGGCAGAGAAGCUUCUACACGAUAUCGAUUUACUCUAUGAAUCUGCCAUGGAUUCCCCCUACCAGGGCUGCGGACUAUCUGAUGACGGCUUCUACAAUGAGGAAGACUAUGAUUCUCAGAUUAUGGAGAGUUUCCAUGUAUUUGGAGAGAAUAAACUUACGGUCGACUGAAUCAGAGCUACACAGAGCUAGGGUGCUGUCUCUGCACCAGGCGGUAUGGAAAGUCAUGCUGAAGCCUGAUGAUGAAGAGGACGACCUGGAAAGACAAGACUGUGAGUAUAUUCUCAACCUGGCCGAGCUCCUCGUUCGGUCGGGGGGCUCGGAAGCACACCCCAUCUUCACCUGGCACGCCGACCUUAU